GGAAGUCGUGCUCCCGAGAAUUUCUUCCCACCUGCAGCAGACCCAGAGACUCCGACAAGGGAGGAUUUCCAGCGCAUUUGAAAGGUGGACGGGUGCAGAAGGGCGGCAGGCGCUUUCCCGGCAGAGAGGCCGGUCGGGCCCAACUGAAAAGCAAACCCGCCACCGGAAGGGGGAGAUUCCGGAACUGGAAUAAAGAGAUCUUUAUGCUGGAGCUUCCCGGACCCAAUUAGAUGUUGUACCCAGUCUGGUUACCCUGGUAACAUGCGUCGCGGUUUGUCAACUAACCGAAGGAAGAGGCUUAAGAAGCCUAUUCACCAUCAGUCAUGGAGACAUCCUCAAAGGGUCUGCUCACCCAAGUUACUCAGUUUUGGAACCUUCUAGAUGAUCUGGCUGAAAGUGACCCUGAGAACUAUGAGAAGUUCAUUCAACAGCAGCUGAAAGAGGGGAAACAGUUCUGUGCUGCCCCAGAACCACAGUUCUGUGUACAGGCCAGGAUCCUGAAACCAAAAGAAAAAAAACUUUUUAUCAACCUAUGUCAGUGGAAAAGGAUCCCAGCUCCCCAGUCAAUGACUCAUCCAGUACCUCUACAUAUUGGCAAACUAGAAGAUAUGACUGAGACAUCAGAUGCUUACACAGUCAUCGAUGUUGCCUGCAAUCCUGCUGUUCUUCAGGCAGCAGAAAAGGACCAAGUGAAAAAAGACCAUUUAAUACAGAUGUCCAUGGCAUGCCUGGAGAAGCAAUUCCAGUUCAUUCUCUCACACUCUUACCAUAUUACCAAAUCUAGAAUAAAAGGAAGUAUUCAAAGAAUGAAACAAAAUCUGAUGGGAAUCCAAACUGAUUCCACAGAUUUAAGAGAAAAAAUGAAAAAGGAAAUUACUCUUCAACAGAUAAGAAGCAGUACUGUGAGCAAUCCAGAUCACUUUCCUCAACUGUUACUGCCAAAAGAUCACAUGUCAGGCAAAGCAAAAUGUCUGAUAGAAGAGAUUUCCAGUACUGAAAAUGGUGAUGAAAACACCAUGGAGGUGGAAACACCAGCCCAUGAAUUAAAAAUUGUUCAUGAUCAGAAUAAGAAGCCUUUGAAAACUGAGUUGAGAGUUGAAUUACCUGGUGUUAAUUCAGUCUCUCUCUGUGACCUUAGUGUUUCUGAGGAUGAUUUAUUGAUUGAAGUCUCUGAGAAGUACAGAUUAUAUCUGAAUCUUCCAAAACCUAUUGAUAUGGCAAUGACUACAGCAAAAUUUAUCAAAGAGAAAUCUAUAUUAAUCAUAACAAUGCCAUUGGUAUAAAACAAGUACAUCAUGUGUUUUCAAUGGUUAAAUCAUAUUAAUUAAAGGACUUUCAUU